CCUCGUUGCGCCGUCAAAAUGUGGCUUGACAAGCUCGUGUUUUGCGCGUUCGCGCUCGCGUGGGCCGAAGCCCAGCAGAACGUCCAAUUGGAGGUCCCGCAGGGCUUCCUCAAGGGCCUCAAGGCCAGCACCGUGUCGCAGGACAAAUCGUACUACAGCUUCAAGGGAAUACCCUACGCGAAGCCGAACGUCGGCCUCGAGAAAUUCCAGAUGCCCGAGGCGGCCGAAGCCUGGGAAGGAACGUACGACGCGACCUACCAUCGCUCCUCCUGCCCCCUCUUCUGCACGAUACAGCAGGACAUGAUCGGCGAAGAGGACUGCCUCUACCUCAACGUUUACACCCCGAUAUUGGACAAAGAUGCGCGCAUGGCCGUGAUGGUCUGGUUCCACGGCGGUAACUUCAACGGCGGCUUCGGCGACGACAUGAUGUUCGGGCCCGACUUCCUCGUCGAGCACGACGUCGUCCUCGUGACGCUCAAUUACAGGCUCGGCCCUAUCGGAUUCUUGAACACCGGAGACGAGAGCGCGCCCGGCAACGCCGGUCUCAAGGACCAGGUGAUGGCGCUCAAGUGGGUCAAGGACAACAUACACUACUUCGGCGGCUGCCCCAACCGAGUGACCAUCUUCGGCCAGGACGCGGGCGCGAGUUCCGUGCACUUGCACAUGAUGUCGCCGAUGUCCGACGGCCUGUUCAACGCCGCCAUCCAGCAGAGCGGCAGCGCGGUCAACACGUGGGCGAUAUCUUACAAUCCCCGGGAGGUGGCUUUCAAGCUGGGCAAAAAGCUCGACAUCGAGACCGACGAUUCCGCCGAGCUGGUGGCCAAGCUCGCCGAGUUCAGCCCGAAGGAGCUCAUCUCGGCCAGCGAGGAGCUGAUGAAGACUGAGAACACGAUGAACGGCCGCUUCAUGGCCUUCCUGCCGUCGGUCGAGACUGACUUAGGUCAAGAGGUAUUCCUGCCGGCCGACCCGUGGACGCUGCUCAAGUCCGGAAAGAUCGCCGACGUGCCGGUCAUGGCCGGCAUCACCGCCGACGAGAGCGCCUUCUUCGUGCAGAUGAUGCUCGGUAAUAUCGACCAAAUGAACGAGCAUUUCGAGAACUUCCUGCCCGACGACCUCAACGUAACCGACUCCGGCCAGAGGAAGGAACUGGGCGACAGCCUGAAGAGCUUCUACUUCGGCGAUAAGUCCAUCUCCACCGACACCACGAAAGAGUUCAUGAUGAUGUUGGACGACGUGAUGUUUGACACCGCGACCGCGCUCACUUUAGACGUAUUAAGCACCCGAAUCUCGUCGCCAAUUUACGAAUAUAUAUUCUCUUACGAAGCUCCCUUCGGCAUGAUGAAAAGUAUGUUCCACGUGGAAGACGGUGUCGCCCACGGUGACGAGAUGACCUACGAAUUUUAUUCCAACGCGCUGAAAAACCUGCCGCAGAGCGGCUCGCCCGCCGAGAAGAUGAUGCGCACCUUCACCACCUUGUUGACGAACUUCGCGAAGAAUGGAAAUCCCACGUCGCACUUGGACGAUUACGUGAACAUAAACUGGGAACCCCGAGGCACAGAAGACAACUACAUGGAAAUCGAUCAGGAUUUGAAGAUGAAGCAAGGCCUGUUGCAGGACAGGCUGGACUUCUGGAAGAAUAUGUACAGAAAUGUCCUCGGCUAAGUGCAGCACACACAUGUAAAUCGAUGUAAAUGACGCAUGCAAAUGUAGCAACCUGUACGCCUUAUGCGAAUAUAUCGACUCAAUCAAAUAUGGAGAAAGUGACGAGUAGUCGUGCGAUUGUCUUCGUCUUCCGCUUCGUAUCGCGGUGUACGCGUAUGUACGGCACACAUGCGCGUGCAUAUAAUAUGUAUAAUAUGUACAAUGGCAAUGUGUAGAGAGUUUGUGUGCAGAUAUAUCUGUGCAAUAAAAUUGAUCAAUGGAAA